AUGUCGCGCCGGAACAUCGAACUCUCCGAUGGCCCGUUCCAGCACAAACGGAGCAGCUUAUGCACAGGACGAUCACGAACAAAUAGUCUUACCUCCCCCACCCGACACGUUCACUACGGCACGAUGGACGACUCGCCGCCGGUCGGCACCCCAAUGCCCAACACCUCGUUCUACCACCGAGCCCAUCGACUUGUACCUUCUCAUGGAAGGCAAAGGACAGUGUCGGCAAGCAGUAUCGAUGUGUACGAGGACCCGGUGACGGGUAUGGACCGGGUAGCCUCCAAUUCUUCGAUGCACACCUACCAGCGAGGCCAUCGGGCUUCGGAACCCAUCAUCGACACCCAACCCCUCAUCCGGCAACAAAGCUCACCUGCUAAAGAAACGAUAUCAUCAAAGUUUGAAAGUCUCGACUACGAAGUUUGUGAAAAUGAGCUUUACCGGAAAGAGGAGUUCAAAGAAAGCUAUCAGGUCGGCCUGUGGCGGAUAAGCAGAAAUCGGUGGAUUGCUUGCUUUUUCAUCGGCAUUUUCACGGCUCUGGUGGCGUCAGCGAUUGAUAUUUUGGUGACGAUCAGCAAGCAGAUCAAAUUUGAUUAUAUAUUGAAAGGGUUAAUUCUAAGCUGUGACCACAACCUCGAGAUGGGAGAGAGUGCAAACUGCAUGUGGACCGUCGAGCUGGUCUGGAUCAUCUACAACUGUGCCUUGGUUGGGAUUGCGGCCUUCUUGGUGAUCUGGAUCUCCCCGAUCGCUGGCGGAUCCGGGAUUCCUCAAAUCAAGUGCUACUUGAAUGGGGUGGCAAUCCCGGAUGUCGUCAAGCUGAAAACACUUAUCGCUAAGGCAAUUGGUGUCUCAUGUGCGGUCGGAGGAGGAUUGUGUGCUGGAAAGGAAGGUCCAAUGAUUCACAGCGGUGGUUGUGUUGCUGCCGGCAUCUCACAAGGCCGCAGCACAACAUUAGGCCUGGAUUUCGGCUUCUUCAAGGAGUUCAGAAAUGAUCGUGAUAAGCGGGACUUCGUAGCCGCCGGAGCAGCAGCUGGAGUUUCAGCAGCGUUCGGUGCCCCAAUCGGCGGUGUACUGUUCGCCUUGGAGGAGGGCGCCAGUUUUUGGAACCAGAACCUGACCUGGCGAUUGUUCUUUACCUCCAUGAUCUCAUCCUUUACCGUGAGCUCGGUGCUGGCCUGGUGGUACGGAAAGGCCGGAUGGCUAUCUUGGACCGGUCUGGCCAAUUUUGGGGUCUUUGAGAACAAAAACUACAACAUCUUCGAAAUCCCCUUCUUCCUGGCUAUUGGCGUGAUCGGCGGGGUUAGCGGAGCGGCUUUCAACGCGCUCAACGUCAGAAUCGCAAAGUUCCGCAUCAAGUACGUCCACACCAAACGCCAACGCUUCAUGGAAGCACUUAUCGUUGCCGCUAUGUCCGGCUUCUUCGGUUUCCUGACCAUCUUUAUGGUUGAUGACUGCCAACCGGUCGGGGUGAACCCGAACAACACGGAAGUUAUGCAGAUGUGGUGCAAGAAGGGCGAAUAUUCCGCGGUAGCCAACCUGUUCUUCCACAACCCCGAAGAGGGAGUGAAAAGUCUUUUCCACGCACCGAUCAACUCUUUCCGCCCUUGGACGCUCCUCAUCUUUGCCACCGAAUACUUUUUCCUGACCGCCUGGACGUUUGGAGUAUCGGUCCCCUCCGGAAUUUUCAUCCCGAUGCUCCUGACUGGAGCUGCAUGGGGUCGUUUUAUCGGAAUCUCCCUUUCCAAGAUCGUACCCGGAGUGACCGGCAUCGACCCUGGAAAGUACGCCCUCGCGGGAGCGGCAGCCCAGCUAGGAGGAUCUGUCCGCAUGACCAUCUCCUUGACGGCCAUUAUCAUGGAGGCCACCAAGGAUAUUACCUUCGGACUGCCGAUUAUGCUCGUGCUCAUGACGACCAAGUUUGUUGGGGAUUUGUUUAAUGAGGGAGUUUACGACUCGCUGAUCGACAUGCAAGGGAUCCCAGUCCUGGGCUGGCAUCCGCCAAAGAUGAGCCGCAACAUCAAUGCACAACAAGUCAUGCGGAAAGACGUCGUCGCAUUUGAACGACGAGAGCGAGUCGGCCGAAUCAAGGAGGUCCUGGAAGUUACUAGCCAUCACGGAUUUCCGGUCGUCGACCGAAUCGAAGAGAGCAUGACGGGCCCCCUGCCAGACUAUGGAGUCCUCCAGGGCGUCAUCUUGCGUUCACAACUGAUGAGAAUCCUCGAGCGACGGGCAUUCUCGAUCCACCCAGACGGGCGCACCGGUAGCGCCUAUCAUCUAACCCACGAGGAUUUCGUCGAUGAUACUGACUGCAAAACAAAGUCAAUGGCCGACCUUGGGCUGACUAGCGGUGAAGACCUGAUGAGCUGGGUUGACCUCUCUCCAGUGUUGCACCCGCAUCCGCAUCGCGUUCCUUUGAACGCCUCUCUACCUUUCAUUUACAAACUCUUCCGAGGCCUGGGGCUUCGAUAUUUGAUGGUCGUCAACGAUGAGAAUCGGCUGCGCGGCGUCAUCACUCGCAAAGACGUAGCCCGAUACCGCGACCAUCGCUCCAAAAACCGUUAUCGCCUACGCGAGCUUUUGAUUUCCGAAGAUAAC